ACCCAGAUCUGCCACCGUCUAUUUCAUUAUUUGGAAUGCAAAUUGUAGAGUCAGGAUUGCCUGACCAGAGUUUAAUAAUGGUGAUCAACACACAUUUGUACUGUCAACAACCACCUUAGUCAAAAGCCCCAAGUUGGUAUAAACAUGCAGACUGAAUAGAACUGAGAAUCUGAAGCAACUUGGAGAAGUUUCCUUUGAAGGGAAUUGUUGGGUGGAAGGAACUCUGUUUCUCACUGUUUUUUUUCCAGAUGGUUGGAAUUUUCUUCACUAUUUUGGGGUCUUGGUUUCUUGGGUCAGAUUCUUGAUAUAGGUAGCUACAUAUCCUCACAAAUAUCAUCUUUAAAUAUUCAACUUUUCCUCAACUGGGUUUUUUUCUUCUUUGUUAAUCAUUUUGUUCUGGGUGAUUUCUUUUUGUAUUUUCUACCUUGUUUGUUGCUUCUCAACCUACCGAACUUCACAAUCUGAUAAUAUUUUAUACACCAUCAACUACAAGGAGUUGAUUUGGCCAUUUCUCUCCAUCCCAAGGUCAAAUCCUAAAGCUCUUCCUCUACUCCAAAGUCCAAAACCAUUUUCUCUGCUUCAUCUUCAUCUGGGUUCUCCACUGAGUUGGCAUCAUCACUGGUUGCUCAUAUGAUCUUUGCUCCUCUCUUCAUAUUUCAGCAUCAGAUCUAAAUUAUAUUCCUCAACAACUGAAGAAAUAAAAGGAAACUAUGUCUUUAGUCAGACCAGUGGAGCUGUCUGCCACAUCGUACAGAAAAUCCAAACUCUAUUCUCUGAAAGGAAGCGAUGACACUCCCAGUCAAACAUUUGGGGCUGAUAAGAAUAAUACCAUGUAUACGACUGAUUCUUAUUCCACUGAGAGUUAUGAGUUCCUAGACUCCCCAAGUGAAGAAGUUGCACUUCCAUCCAGUUCUAGCAUUUCUGGAAGUUCGUUUAGUGAGCAUGGUGCCUCAUUUUAUCCACGCAGUGCUGGAUCUGCAUCCUCUUUGACCACUCAAAAUCCAUCUAGUACUUCUUUCGUGUCCACAGGGCUUCAUGAUGUUUACCAAACCAGCAUUGACUCAGAUUACUUAGAUAGUCAAAGUCCAGAUGCUAUUAGCUUUGGUGAUGAUAAGAUGAGACUGAAGCUCCAAGAAUUGGAGAGAGCACUGCUUGAGGAUAACGGUGAUGAACAAGACGAAGAGAUGAUUGGUAGUGGUCAAAACAUGGAAAUUGAUGGUGAAUGGACUGAACCAAUCCAGAGUGCAUUGCUUCAUGACUCACCCAAGGAGUCUUCAUCAUCUGAUUCUUAUCUAAGUAGCAUCAGCAGCAAUAAAGAAAUAUCACGAACAUCUCCUCGUACACCCAAGCAGCUGCUCUUUGAUUGUGCUGGUGCACUUUCAGAGGGAAAUAUUGAAGCAGCAUCAACCAUGAUAAAUGAGCUUCGGCAGCUGGUCUCAAUUCAGGGAGAUCCUCCUCAGAGGAUUGCAGCAUAUAUGGUGGAAGGCCUUGCAGCUCGCAUGGCUUCCUCGGGAAAAUUUCUCUAUAAAGCUUUGAAAUGCAAGGAACCCCCAUCUUCGUAUCGCCUUGCAGCCAUGCAAGUACUUUUUGAGGUGUGCCCUUGCUUUAAAUUUGGAUUUAUGGCAGCAAAUGGAGCUAUUAUGGAAGCUACGAAAGAUGAAAAGACAGUCCAUAUACUAGAUUUUGACAUAAACCAGGGAAAUCAGUACAUAACACUCAUACAAACACUUGCUCAACUGCCCGGCAAGCCACCACACUUGAGGUUGACGGGGAUUGAUGAUCCUGAGACAGUUCAGCGUCCUGUCGGGGGCCUUAAUACCAUCGGGCAAAGGCUAGAGCAGCUGGCAGAAGGACUUGGUGUUUCAUUUGAGUUUCGAGCAAUUGCCUCAAAGACUUCCAUAGUCAGUCCUUCAAUGCUGGACUGUAGGUCAGGGGAAGCACUCGUUGUAAAUUUUGCUUUUCAGCUCCACCACAUGCCUGAUGAGAGUGUUUCAACAUUUAACCAGAGAGACCAGCUUCUCCGGCUGGCUAAGAGCCUGAGGCCAAAACUAGUAACAGUGGUGGAACAAGAUGUGAAUACCAAUACCACCCCAUUCUUCCCAAGAUUCGUUGAAGCCUACAAUUAUUACUCGGCCGUUUUUGAUUCCCUUGAAGCAGCUAUACCAAGGGAGAGCCAAGAUAGGAUGAAUGUUGAAAAACAGUGCCUUGCAAGGGAUAUAGUGAACAUCGUUGCAUGCGAAGGGGAGGAAAGGAUAGAGCGGUAUGAGGUCGCUGGGAAGUGGAGGGCCAGGAUGGCCAUGGCCGGGUUCAUUGCUUGUCCUAUGAGUAAAAGUGUUACUGAUUCAAUUCGGGAACAAAUCAGAAUGUACUGUGACAGGUACAAGAUAAAGGAAGAAAUGGGUGCUCUUCAUUUUGGAUGGGAAGACAAAAACUUGAUUGUUGCUUCAGCAUGGAGGUAAUGGUGGAUGCGGAUUAUCGUGACGCUCUACUGCUUUGCUUUCAUUCAGACGACUGUAAUCUUGUGUGUGAGAACAAGACUUAUGCUGAUUAUAUUCAGAGUUCAUAAAUAAGGACUUAUGACUAUUUAACAUUGA